UGUGGAAGGUAUUUUGUGUGUGGAUUGGAUAGAAAGUGUGUGGAAGUGUGAAAGGAAAACAAGUACGUGAGAGAAUGCAGUUUCAAUCAACUUCAGAGAAAUAGUCCAUAUUUUCCGAAAUGUAAAAUUCCAAAAGAUUUGUGUGUGUCUAAAUUGGAAGAUAAACGUCCAAGGAAGAUGACAUCAGAGGUGAAAGACUUAAAAAAGCCUGAGGAGCGUGUAAAAGAGGAUGAUAAUGUGGAGGAAGAUGUUUCAAAGGCAGAAACUCCAUCGGAUAAUGUCACAGCUGUGACGGAGGAAGAAGUACUUAUGGAUAACAAACAGACAUCUGAGAAGCCUGUUGAUGAUGACGUGAUGUCGGAAUCAUCUCAAGAGGAAAAGAUCAUCAAUGGAGAAUACGGUGGGCAGGAAAGUAUUUCGGGUUCAAUUGUCAAUGAAGCAGAUUCAAAGUAUUUGGAGGAGCAGGCUAAUCUCAAGGUGACAAUUGAAAAUCUUCAGGCUCAGUGUCACUAUUUACAGACAAUGGUUAAUCAACGUGAGGAAACCAUAUCUACAUUUGAUAAAACCAAGGUGCUCCUUGAAAAAGAAAAUCAAUUGAUGCGGCGUGAGUUAGAUUUGGCCGUCCGGGAAAAAGAGAAUGCUGUGAUUAAAUACUGCACACUGGAAAAGAAGGUUAUUGAUGCCAAUCAGCUCAAAGAAGGAGCUGAAAAGAAGAGCAGAGAGGCUCAGAAAGAGUGUGAGCUGCUCAAUGGAAAGAUCAAGAUGUUGAAUGGAGAGAAAAACAGGAUAUGUACAAUGUUGGAUCAGAAAUGCCAUGAAAUUCGUUCACAUCAGAAAGAAAUUGAACGAUUGAAGGGGGAAAAUUCCAAUUUGGAGUCAAAAGCUAAAUGGAGUGCUGGGAAGAUAAAGCAGGAAACUGAUGCUAAGCAGGUGGCUGAAAAGAGAGUGGAAGAGCUUACACUGGAAGUUGCACAAUUAAAGUCCAAUGAGGCGGCAUGGGUGAAGAGCGAGGCUGAUUCUGAGCGUGUUUCUCACAUGGAAAAGCAGUGUAUGGAGCAACAGGCAUCACUGAUCCUUCUAAAGCAUGGCAAUGAGGAAAAAGAGGUGAAAAUUGAUGCAUUGGAGAAGAAAUUGCAAGAAGUACAAAUUGAUUUAACAGAUAUGCGAACAAAGUAUUCAGAAGUAUUUCAAGAGAAAGAGAAUUUUAGAGAUGAAGUUGACAAAUUGAAGGGUGAAAUUAGUGAAUUGCAGACAACGUUGGAUCAGGAGGUGCUAAAAGUAGCUGACUUUCAGUCUAAACUUAGUGAUUUAGAGGCCACAAAGGCACAAUUGACAAUGGAGAAGGAGAAUAGUGCUAGACAGGGGCGUGAGUAUGAAGUUCUUAUGAAGAAUUAUGAGGAUAAUUUGGCUGAAUUGGAAGAGAUUCGCACCAAGGAAUCAGAAUUGUUGCAAUUCAAUAGGGAUCUUACGGAAAGGAAUGUAAAGUUGCAAAAUGAGAUAACUCUGUACAAUUCCAAGGCAGUUGCACUAUGUUUGGAGAAUGAGGCCAUUAAGAAGGAGAAAAAGACUUAUGAUGAUCGAAUAAGUGAAUUGGAAAGGGAUUUGGACAAGGAGCGAAAUCAGAAGAAUGACGAAAGGAUACUUCUCACUAAGCACAUCUCGGAAAAGACUAAAUUAUGCGAGGGGACACAGAAAAAACUGGAUUCGGCUCUUGGGGAUUUGGAUGCUGUCAAAAGAAAGCACGCACAGACUGUUAAGGAGUUAAAUCGGGAAUUGGAGAAAAUGCGCCGACGACAACAGGUGAUGCAUGUGACAUCUGAGAAUAGUUCAGAAAAGGAAUCAUCGCCCCAAGUUAGUGAUACAGAUUCACAAGGAAGUCACAGAGUAGGCAAUUCAGAUUGCAGUACACCUCCUCCAGUGACAACAGUAGUACCUGGUGGUCAAGAGCCAUCACGGCAAGCUUUGAUUGAUCGAAUUUUGCGAUUGCAACAAGCAAGUGCAAGGCAGGCAGAAAAGAUAGAUUUUCUGGAGAAUCAUUCGGCUACAUUGGUGUCAGAAGUACAGAAGAAGACCAAGGUGCUUCAGUAUUACAUGCUGCGGGAUCAGUGUGGUGCUCUAGCUUCAUCCAAAAGUGAUAGGCACAAGGCUGAAUUGGCCAAAUAUGGUGGUGGAAUAAUGGCUGCAAUCUAUGGUGGAGCUACAUCGAGCAAAAAUGCCGAAAUGACCCUCGAUUUAUCCCUUGAAAUCAAUCGAAAACUUCAGGCACUGCUUGAGGAUACCCUCCUCAAGAAUAUCACUCUCAAGGAAAAUUUGGACACCCUUGGUCUCGAAGUGGAUAAAUUAACCAGGAGAUUAGCAUCAAAAUGACACGGAGUGGGUAGAAAGUAAAGAAAGAGUCUAUAGUAUAUUUUCUUUUUUUUUUGUCAUAUCUUUAAUGAUCGUUAUACAAUUUUUGCCUGUUCAAAAUUCAAUUUUCAUCGUAAAUAUGAGUUUUGUUUCGACUAUAUUGAACAAGAUUAGCAAAGAAGUAUUAACUAUAACGCAAGAUAUAAGGGAGACAUGAAAAAAAUGAGAUAAAAAUGUACAGAAUUGCGCGAUAAAAUUGACGUGUAUAUAUAAUAUAUAUAUA